UGUGUGUGUGAGAGAGAGGGAGAGAGACGGAGUGUGUGUGUGAGAGAGAGGGAGAGACGGAGUGUGUGUGAGAGAGUGUGUGCGUGUGAGAGAGAGAGAGUGUGUGUGUGAGAGAGAGAGAGACAGAGUGUGUGAGAGAGAGACAGACAGUGUGUGUGAGAGAGAGAAACUGAGAGUGUGUGUGUGAGAGAGAGGGAUGGCGCUGCUAUUUGGGGAAUUACGGUCAUUACCUGCGUGACGUCACCAUCUAACCGCAGCAUAGCGACCGAGCUUGGUCGGUUACUGAAGGAGAACCGCAACCGCUUUAAACCCUGAGGGACAAAAAAUAUAUAUAUAUUAAAAUAAUAAUAAUAAAAACACAAAACAUUGGACAUAAUACGCGACUUUUUUUCUGAGGAACAUUCAUUUAGCAAACCUAGUGGAUAAAGAACUCGCCGACAAACCUGGAAUAUAUUCGCUACUUAACUGUUUUCGAGCUAACUGAGCUAACGAGCUAAACAUGGAGGGUAGAAACUGAGGUAAAAAAAAAAGAAAGAAAAACUGAGAAAAAACCGAAGGUUCUUCGUGCACACGACCCAAGUUCUGUAUUAACAUCCAUCUAAAAAUAUUUAAAUUCUUAAUUUCUGGCUGUUUAGCUGAGUUUAGUGUCCGUAGACGGUGUAAUGUUAGUCUUAUAAGUUGUCUAGCUAACCAGCUAAGUUUUUAGAUAUUCAUGCGCGCGUUUUGGUGCUAAUAAUAAUAACAACAACAACAAUAAUAAUGCAGUAGUGUGUGUGUUGGAGCAGACAAUAUGUUUGAGUAAUGAAAUGCAGUGGAGAAGUGUUCCUGUGUUCUUCAGAGAUGCUUCAGGUCACCUGUGAAAGAAAAUAAACUGUCAGGAGUAAUAAUAAUAAGAAGAAGGUGAAGAUGAUGGAAGGUCUGGAAAAUCCAGGACACGUCGCGAUGCUGGAGGUUUUUUAAUGGCACUUUGGUUGGAUGUGGAGCCACGACACCCCAAAAACAACCCACAUGGUUCUACUGGUUUCAGAAGAUUUAUUACAUGGAGACUAGUUGGUCAUGCCGAGGAAGGAGUUACCGUUGCCAGAGGGUUGGGAAGAAGCUCGAGAUUUUGACGGGAAGGUCUACUACAUUGACCACAUCAACCAGACCACCAGCUGGAUCGACCCCAGGGACAGGCACACUAAGCCUCUGACCUUCGCUGAUUGUAUUGGAGAUGAGUUGCCUUUGGGAUGGGAGGAAGCGUACGAUCCGCAAGUGGGCGCCUAUUACGUCGACCAUAACACGAAAAGCACGCAGCUGGAGGACCCACGGGUGCAGUGGCAGCGUGAGCAGGAGCUAAUGCUGCGCGAGUACCUCGACGUAGCCAAGGAAGCGCUGUGCGCCCAGAAAGAGAUUUACCAGGUCAAAGAGGAGCGUCUCCGUCUGGCACAGCAACAGUACAAGCAGCUCAAUGACGCCUGGAGAGACAAGUCUUCCUCACAGACCAGCUUAAAUUCCAGAUCCUCAUCAAGCAGUAAAUAUGACCCUGAAAUUCUCAAGGCGGAGAUCGUGACUGCUAAGAGCCGGGUGAGUAAGCUGAAGAGAGAUCUGGCCUGCAUGAGGCAGGAGCUGCUUUAUAAGGAGCAGGGCUUUGAAACGCUCAAAGAAAUCGACCACAAGCUGGCGAGCGCUUCGUAUGGAUACAAGCAGCACGAAGCCCAAGCCAUCUUAAAGGAGGUCAGGACCAUUAAAGAUGCCAUCAGCUGUGGGGAAAGAGAAAAGCAGGAGCUCAUGCAGAAACUGGCCGUGCUGAAAGAUAGCUUCCACUUGGAUUACCGCUCUCAGACGGAGCUGUGGGCCAGUAACCCCUCUCUGGCCAACUCGAACCUGUCGCUCCCUCGUCUCUACUCGGACGCAGAGUCCCAGACAGACAUACCUGCUGAGUUGGGUUCAAUCUCCAAUAAGCUGGCAGAGAAGGUACGACUGAGCCUGAAAUACGAAGAGGCGAAAAGAAGGAUUGCAAACAUUAAAGUCCAGAUAGCGAAGCUGGAUAGCGAGUCGUGGCCCGGUUUGCUGGACCCUGAGCGAGACCGGCUCAUUCUCAUCAGCGAGAAAGAGGAGCUGCUGAAGGAACUGCAAUACGUCAAACCCUGCAAGCGCGCUCCUAGCGACGCCGAAAAGAUCGAAACCGAGAAAAAGCGUCUGGAGCAGGACCUGCAGGCGGCACGCGACAGCCAGAGCAAAGCUCUCACGGAAAGGUUGACGUUACAUUGCAAGAGGAACAAAUUGGUGAAGGAGCUGGAGGACGUCGUGAGACAGGCAUCCUCGCUGCAUACCCAGCUGAAGAGCCUAUCAGCUAGUACGCUCUCCUGUUCGUCGGGCAGCAGCCGUGGUUCUCUGACGUCCAGCCGCGGCUCACUGGUCGCCUCCAGCCUCGGCUCGCAGUCGUCUCUCAGCUUCACCGACGCCUACUUGGAGCACCAGAGCGAGCUGAGCGACCCGGAUUUCCAGGUCAAGUUGGACUCGCUGCUCCACGAGAGCACCUCGUCUACAUACAGACCCUCCAGCUCCAUCCCCACCAUCCACGAGAAUGAGGUGACGGCGGGGCCGGCUGCCAGCGCCGCGGGUCAGGGUGCAUGCCUGCGCGCUCACACUCUCCGUCUAUCCGAGACACCUCGCUCUAUGAACUCGCUGUCUCCACGCUCGUCACUCUCCUCGCUGUCUCCACCUUGCUCGCCCCUCGUUCCCGAAGCCUCGUCGCUGGUCGGAGAGACUUUUUCAGGUUCAGCCUCCCAGCUUGACCUGGAGCUGCAGGCCCGGCUCAGCGAGCUCAGCCUGCAGGGAGAUGCUAAGCAGGAUGCCAAUAAAGAUCUCGAUUCCCAAACAAGGGUCCUGGGGUCCAGCUCAAAGAAAGUGGGCGUGACGUCGGCUGUGUCGGACGAAUCGGUGGCGGGAGACAGCGGCGUGUACGAGGCUUCAGAGAAAAGGCCCGGAGUCCCCGCCGAGCAGCUGUUGGGUGAUGAAGACGGGGGAUUAGUCAGCUGCGCUCAGAUCAGACUGGGUCUGAAGUACGAGGCUAAAGAGAAGCGGUUUGCCAUCUUCGUCAUGCAGCUGACCAACUGCAGCACGCUGUCCGUUCCUGCCAGCCAGAACAUGUAUGUUCGAGUGGUAGUGCUGCCCUGUCCGGAGGCCACUCGCUGUCUGUUCCGCACACACAGCUCACAGGCUCACGACACACUGGAGCUCAACGAGGUGUUCGCCGUGCAGCUUUCCCCCACCGCCUUCAGACAGAAGACACUCCGCGUCGACGUCUGCUCCACCACCAAGUCCAGGAGAGAGGAGUGUCUGGCUGGAGCUCAGAUCAGUUUGGCUGAUGUGGAGUGUUCGGAGGAGUGGUGUACCAAGUGGUACAACCUCCUCAACUACAUGCUCAUUGCAGAUAUGAAUGGCAAGAACAAAGAGCUCGAGGCUCCCACGCAGUCUGACGAGACAGUAGAUUGCUCCUUGGAAAACCAAGCAGCUGACAUGAAGACGGUGGAGACAGAUUGGCAAAUGGUGCCUCUAGAGAGCGACAUGUUUGUGGACGGAGUGGGCAGCGAUGGCGAAGGGGAGGAGUUUAACUCAGAAGGCUGUCGGUGGGAAGAGGAGGAAGCGGAGGAGGAGGAGAAGCAGGUGGUCGUAGCUAAGCCUCCUCCAGUAGCAGCAGCUAUUCCUGAAAAGGUGAAUAAAGAGACAAGCAUGGAGGGCCUCCCUCACGCCGCCUCUGUGGUCCGGCCCAAAGAGCGACGGCUUGAGCUGAACCAGCAGAACCCUUUUGUCAGGGGGAACACCAUCAUUCGCUCCAAGACCUUUUCUCCUGGUCCACAGAGCCAGUACAUCUGCAGGAUCAACCGCAGCGAUAGCGACAGCUCCACUUUGUCCAAGAAGUCUCCAUUCGUCCGGAACGCCUCCGAGAGGCGCAGUGUCCGUAUUAAAAAGCCUCCGAUGCAGAUGCGGGGUUUGGAUGGCGUGAUGCGUACUCCUUUGGACCUGGAACUGGAGCUGCAGGCGUCCCGGACGCGCCACAGCCGGCUGAACGAGGAGCUGCAUGUGCUGCGUCAGCUGAAGGAGCAGAUGGAGAGCGCGAGGCAGCAGGGCCAGCGCAGUCUUCCCACUUGGGUACAAGAGGAUGAGCGGUUCCGAUUGCUGCUCACGCAGGCUGAAAAACAGACUCAGGAGGAGCAGCUGCAGGAACAGAGAGUGGAGAAGAUGAUGCGAGCAGCAGCGAAGGAGGUGCACAAGAUCCGAGGACAGAGCCGCAAAGAAGGUCCCGAAGUCCAGUCCUUCAGAGAGAAGAUGGCUUUCUUCACACGAGUAAAGAUUAACGUUCCUGACCUGCCCGCUGAUGAUGUAUAGACUGCAAGACAAGCAAGAGUCUUAACUGCUGUUUCACUGAAGAAGAACCUGACCUCUGGUGGUAUUAUGAAGAAUGAAGAAUUAUUAUUGCAGAAAAUCAAGUGUAUGUCGAGUAGGAAAAUGUCCAUUUUAAAACACUGGGUUUUAGCUCUCAGUUAAAAAUAUGUAGAUUCUUUUAUAAAAAAAAUAAUUGUCCCAACAACCACAUUUUUUUUCUGUCUGUAGCAAUAUUUUUUCUUGUACUACUAAUAAUUGUAUACUGAUAUGUGUAUACUAGUUUUUGUUUUUUUUUGUGUGUGUGAGAUAGUCGAUCAUUCCAAAACACCAGCGUGUUGUUUUUAAAUAACACGAAUAGAGGGGGGAAAAAAAGAGAAAGGAAGAGUCGGCUUGCUGUAACUCGAUUAUAUGAAUACGGAUCCUUAAGGUACUUUUAUGAUUGAUAGCACAAGGUUUUGGAAAUCACUGUUUAGAUGUAUGCUGGAAUGGGUAAAUUAGGUAAACGGAAACAAAAAUUGUAAACGGAUACGCCAGUGAUGUCUCAUUACGAGCAUUUUCAACAAGAUAUGGAUGUGGACUGGCGCGUUCUUUUAAAACAUUUAACACUAUUUACAAGGGGGAAAAAAAAUAGCUAAAUCUAAAGUACAAACUAACGGUAGCCAAAAUUGGUUUUAAUGCUUAGUUAGCUCAGUGAUAGCUAGCUGUAACUCAUGAUCAGCUUCACGACUUGCUGGUUCUGAGUGUGUUUGUUUGUUUGUUUGUUUUUUAAGAAGUAUAAAAUGUUUUUGUCCACAAGACAAGGCACAGCACACAACACGGCGUCCAUAAUCCCAGCAAUUAUAUUUAAACUGCACUUAGUCAUCCCACAGCCUCUCAGGUAGAAUUUGGCUAGUUUAUGCACUUUAAUAGCUAGUAAUCGGAGAGUAAGGAAAGCAAUCAUGGCACGUCGUAACUAUCAAGCACAAAAAAAGAAGGCCUGAUGCGUGCUCUCUUUGACCUUGAAAUGAAACCCGAGAGUCGUUCCGAUGACUUUAUGUAAAAGAAAUGUUGUUUUUUGUUGUUGUUUUAUUUUCUUUCCUUUUUGAAAUCCCUGAAUUUUUUAUUUUGAAGGCCAGAUUGCUUAAGACACUCGUCUACUCCCUCUUCAGCUUCUCCUCAUGUAAAGCUCUAGCUCUACUUUAGGAGUAGAUCCACUGAGCUUUGCAUGCGCUUUUGCUUUUUCCUUUAAAAAAAAAAAUCUUUUUAUCUAAUAUUUCUUAUUAUUCUAUCUACAUUCACUGGAUAUGAGCAAUCGCGUGGUCUAACUGGCUACUCUACUACUAGGCUGUCAGCUCAUAUACCAUGAGUAGAGAAAAACAAAAUGGCGGCGCGUGUUGCUGAACCAACCGAGGACGAAAUAAAAACUCUACUCGAAAACAAAACCCCCACAAUUAUCAUCAAAUAUUUAAAAGAAACAGAAAUGGCUGAAAGAAUAUAGAUUUUUGUUUGUUUGUUUGUUUGCCCCCCCCCAAUAUCUCCUGUUCCACACUCCAGCCCUGUUGGUGGUGGUAAAGCACCUUUUAAGUUGGUUUGGCAACCACUGAAAGACCCUAAAGAAGAAGAAAACCCCAAAAAUACAAAAACAAAAAGCAACAAAAUAUGGAAGUAUUUGACGGUAAGAACAUACUUUUUUUUUUUUUCUCCAAGAAUUAUUUUUAUUAUUAUCGCAUUUUUCGUAUAAUGUUCCGGUCAUUUCGGCGGUUUGUUUACAUCCUAAGCGGAAAUGGUUUUGUCGGAAGUUUUGUAUAAAGUUCUUAUCAAAUUUACAAAAAAAAAAUGCUCCGUUUCUCAAAAUCCAGUGAAUGUGGAGAGAAUAAAACAGUUAUUUCACUCAAUCUCGUUGUACAUGGAUUAUAGACAACUCGGUGCUACGCGCCUCGUCGGCUAUCGGCUCACGUACGACUCAAUUUCGUGGAAUAACUGUUCAUUAUGUGAUUGUUAUAAAUAAAAUACAAGAUCGUUCAGCCUGUUUUUACACAUUUCAGGCUUUCAGUUUUCUUUGUUUUGGCAUUUCUGCCAUGGCAUGGUAUUUCUAGGAAUAAGCCCAUGGUUUACCAGUAGAACAAGCUUGAAAUUAGUAAAAAUAUCUAUAAAUAGGUUUAAACAUCAUCAUAUAUUUGGUUUAUCUUCUAAUAGGUGUUUAUGUUCUAAAAGGAAAUGCUGGAUAAAAUUGACUGUAUUCAAGAGAUCCUCACUUGCCAAGAUGCCUUUUUUUUCCCCCAGCAGAUCAUUAUUUUUAUGCUUGCCUUUAGUUUUCCAACACUAAUAGACUCUGAAUGUUUUCAUCAACCUGCUGUUCUUCCGACUCUUAAAGACCAAGAUGCUUGUUUAAAGCACUUUGAUUGAUGAUCUCUGCUUUAAGCGAAGACUUCUCAAGUACGUAUGCUGCAGUCCACUGCACUCGGAACUUAUAAAGUUCCAAGUCGAUUCGUAUCUAAAUGUGUUUGAGCUCGGAAAAACACGGAUGCUCAGAUCAAGGUCAUAUUUGUUUGCCUUAUAAGAUCUGUAUGAAUUGUUUCUGCGUGAUGAGCAAAGAGAAAUGUGAAAGUGUUCAACGGAAUUAUGUUAAAAAUCGAAACUUGCGAAAGUUAUUAAAAUGUUUUCACAGCACAAAAGCUGCAUGUUGAGUCAAAACAAGUUCUUUCAAGUAGAUGAUGAUGUGAAGGGAAAUGUGCGCGUCGCCAUAUUGUUGUGACGUCAGCUGCAUUUACGUCCAAGGUGGAUGUCGCCCGAGUUCCAUUGCACUUUUCCAUGUUGCAGGUCAGGAUUUUAUUUUUUCCCUCGAGUUCUGAGUACGGUGGAUUUCAGCAUUAGAACAGUUUAUGAUCGUUAUGCUGAAUUCAUCCUCCUUUGGAAGUGGGAAUUAGAAAUCGGAAUUAUGUCAUUUACUAGACAAAGUGGGAAUACAAACAUAGACCAUUGUCACUUACUGAACUUGGUUAGGAAUUCCAAAGUGAGGGGGAGUUUUCUUUGGUUUUCCGAGGUUUGGUUUAAUUCGGAUGUAGCAUAUGGAAUUUUAAACCACCGUAGGAUGAAAGUGUCGUUAGUUGAACCACUAAACAUCUCGUACAUACACUACGUAGGUUUGCAUCUGCUCGGGUUUGAUCCGUCUCGAAGGGGACCAGGAAGUAACAAAUCAGCAGCACCAGAGAAUUUGUAAAAUGUUUAAAAUUCUAACAAAAAACUCGACGCACAUGAUGAUCGAUUACUCCACCUGGUGUGCGUUCAGAACCGGACGGUUUAGAUUUAGUGCUGGACAAUGUGCCUUGAGCCCAACAAACUCAGAACUAGAGCCUGACCAAUACAAAUUUCGAUAUCUGAAGAUUUUAAAAAAUGAUUAUGAUCUAUUGGCUAAUUUUUUUUUUUUUUUAAUUCCUCAGAAACACAUAAAAAUUUUCCCUAACAUUUGCUGGGUUUUUUGAGUCCUCACCAAGAUAACAUGACAUAAUGCGGGUUAAAAAUAAACUUGUUUUAUUGUGCUCAAUAGUACUUUGAACAAAAUAUAUUAAUAUGUUAAAGGGUUUUUUUUGUAAAUAAGAGUCAUGUGUAUUUAAAAAAAAAAUACAAAAAAGUUUUUAAAAUGUCAGCUCUGCUGUGCUCGACUCCGCUUGGGUCAGCUGAUUGUUGUGUUUUGUAGCAUUUCAAACACAGUGGAGUUGCAGAGUGCCCUCUAGUGGACAAACUAAACAACGACAACACUCGUAACACGGUUAAACGUCUUCCGUUUCUUUUUAAAUCGUCAUUUAUCGGCCAUUAUAAACACUGAUAUCGAUUUAUCUGAGAUUAUCUCUUAUCAGCAUGCUGAUUUAUCGGUUGGGCUUCACUUAAAACUUAAACUCAAUUUCCCCCCUUACUCUAUUCUUCCAUUGAUUUUGAUUUGAUUUGCACCUUGAGAUAAACAACAAACCAGCAACCAUCGUCUCGCCAGCACCUUUCUGUUCCAAAUAACAGCAACCUCUGGACAUUCCGCAGCGUCUUACAUGAAGACCGACGGCAUUGAUUUUGAAAAGCUUUACAUAUAACCAGUAACCAAAUAUGGCUGCUCAUAGCUGCAUCACUACUUCUAUGCUGUGUGUUACACAUUUCAUUUCGUGACUCAGUGUUUCACAGAACGCACUCUCUGAAUACUCCGUUAUGUUUUAUUCUGCACCGUUCCAUAUGUUUUCUUCGCAGUUAGAUCGAGUUCUGAGGCUGAUCCGCUUGUGGAUCGCGGUGGUACAAACACUUGCGAAACAACAAGCGUAAACUGGAGACUUUUUUUUUUCUUUCCCUGUUUUUUUUUUUUUAUUAAUACACCCAUAGGUUUUGGUUGAAGACUGGAAUCUGAAUGUGUGGAAAAGCAAACCUUUUCCUUUAAACGGCGAGUGCACUGUAUGCAGCUGAAUGUGAAAUGUUACAUGGAAAACACUAAGAUAGCGCUCUCUCUCUCUCUCUCUCUCUCUUUUCGACUAUACUGGAAAUCUUACUUUGUAGACUGGUAGAAGAGCCGGUCUGGAGGAGCGCGACGCUAUGCAGGACGUAAUCAAAACAUCAGUUGCGAUUUACCUUGGUGCUCUUUUACCGUUCAGAUCCGCGGCUCUGACACACGACGCGCUUAUCUAACAUUCUGAAUGUAGUAAUCGUUGAAAUCACAUCACAAACAUGUAGAACUUGCUUUAAAAAUAAUAAAUCGCCGUCAGCCACUGAUGCUGGUCUUCACGAAUGAUUUGUUGUCGAUAUAGACUCGUGAUAAGAUUCCUGUUUCGAUGCAUUUGAUGUCUGUCUUUUGAUUUUUGUUUUUAAAUCCAGCAACGAUGGAAAAAGAACCGGGUCUUUCUACUAAAAAGGCGAGGCGAUUUUUGAGAAAGCAGCAUGUAUUUAUUGCACUUUUGUGAUUUGGGUGUGCUGUUGUUUUUUUUUUUUCUCCUUUCCUUGUGAGACUUGAUGAAAGCUGUGAAUUUUCCCAUCGACACUGUACUGUCAACGAAAAAUUGUAAAUAUGUCACCAGCACAAGAACAUGUUUUGUAGUUUCACAACAAAUAUAAAAAAAGGUUCUUUGC